UGUAUAUAUCAUCAAUGUCUUUCCUCAUAACUGACAUGUCUUCUUCCUUCUGCAUGAAACAUUAAAAGUUCACAGCAAAACACGAAGAAAACAUCAUAUGGCUUCAACCCAGCACCAUGUCCAAGGCCUAACAGCUGAGGAAGAAACAGAACUAGAACCUGUGAUAAAACAAUACCACCUUUUCGAACACUGUCCCAACAAAUGUUCUUCCAUAAUAUCGUACCGCAUCGAUGCUCCUGCGAGCACGGUUUGGCCGUUCGUGCGAAGCUUCGAGAGCCCUCAGAAGUACAAGCACUUCAUCAAAGGGUGCAACAUGAGAGGUGACGGUGGCGUCGGAAGCAUAAGAGAAGUAACCGUUGUUUCUGGUCUUCCGGCGUCGACGAGCACCGAGAGACUCGAGAUUUUGGACGAUGACAAACACGUGCUGAGCUUUAGGGUGGUUGGUGGCGAGCACCGACUCAAAAACUACCGUUCCGUUACGUCGGUCAACGAGUUCAGGAAAGAGGGUAGGGUUUACACCAUCGUAUUGGAAUCGUAUGUCGUAGACAUACCCGAAGGGAAUACGGAGGAAGAUACGAAGAUGUUCGUGGACACUGUGGUGAAACUCAACCUUCAGAAACUUGGGGUGGUGGCCAUGGCUUCUUCUUCAUCCAUGCAUGAACAAUAACAGGAAACGGUUAACUUCUAUGGUAUGUUUGCAAAUUUAAGGAUUUUGGUAUUGUUGUGUUCAAACUCAUUCAACGGUAUCAACAUUCUUAGAUUUGUCUUGGGAUAUCAUAGCAAUUUGUUUAGGAAAAUGGGGUAGGUAUAAGUUAAUUAAUUAGUGUGCUUGUUUUCAAUUUGUACGAAAAUGGAGAAACAAACACGCAUUUGGACUCUAUUUGUCCUUCCAUGAUGAUUAGAGUAAUAUUGCAUGGUAAUUUGGAAUAUGAUCACUUUCAUCUCUUCUCUCUUGAUUUCAUUU